AUGGAUAAGGCGCUGUGUCAAGGUUCACGAAUUGUUGCGUCGUUAUCCCUUUCUUUUUUUAUUUCGGCUUCUGCCCAAUCGAUUCUUCUGUGGGCUCUUCUUCUUGAGAGGAUUGAGCUUCAGGAGGAGGAGAUCCAAGAACGUCGUCCGUCCGUCCGUCCGUCGGGUCCUUGCUUUUCUUCCUGCCUCCUCCUUUCGAAGCUCGUUUUGGCCGCAGCGAACGCAGCUGCAGCGCGGCGCGAGCUUCUGGGUGAUCGAAAUUCGGAGGGGAGACGGAGAGGGAGCGCGCGCGAGAGGGACCGCCACCACCACCGCGCGAUGUCGUUCUCGCGCCUGCCCACCAGCUCCUUUCCCUUCUCCCGUUUCUUCAAGCAGUUGGAGCAAGAAGUGGAAACGGUAGUGAGGGUGUUGCAGCCUGGACCUCUGGGAAUCAUAGAGCACAAGUUCUCCACUGAGGAGAUAAACGAGGCCAAUGCCACAGUCCGCCGAGCAGUAGAAGCUUGGAGAAGAAGUGCCGAACUAGAGAAAAGAAACCCGUUCUUGAGAGAUUAUAUCGAAUCGUGAGGGAAGACCUAUUGCUCCAACUCAUCACCAUGCGUAAGCUAUUUCUGAUGCUCUGUUCAGAGUAUGCAUACAAAGUCUACUUCCCACAACAUCCAUUUCGGUGCUGUUUUGGUCGCUCGGAAUUGGUUGCUGGUAGGAAUCGUAGAAGUAACGAGUGGAAGGCAUCCUCAUUCCUUCUUUUCCAACCCUGUUACUAAAUUGACCGGUAUGUUUGCGGAAGGAUGCAUACUCCAUGCACUUUUUGUUGGUUAAGAAAGCAUAUCAAUAAGAAUGCAAACUAAUUGUG